UCAGCAUGAACUGGAGAUUAUAUUGGUCUUCAGGGUCUGGCUGGGAAGCAUUUUGCAGAGACAGACAGCAAGGAAAAUAGCUUUCUCUGUACAAUGGAGCAGGAGUGAGCGUCUCGAUGAAAAAUGGGCAAUACUAUCAGGGUCACUAUUGCCUUCAUCCCCUCCAAGAAGUGCCAGAAGUUCCUUAUUGGCAACUUAGAAGAAAUGCCGCUGGACAAGAUGGUGGACGUGAGCGGGAGCCAGUUGAGAAGAUUCCCUCUUCAGAUCUGCAGUUUCACUCGACUGGUCAAACUCUACUUGAGCGACAACAAGCUGAGGAACCUGCCCCAGGAGCUGAAGCAGCUGCAGAGCCUCCAGAUCCUGGCACUGGAUUUCAAUGGGUUCAGGGAGCUGCCGAUAGUGGUGUGCAGCCUGAAGCAGCUCUCCAUUCUGUACCUGGGCAACAACAGGCUUCACGCGUUACCCUCGGAGCUGAGCCUGCUGAAGGAGCUGAAGAUCCUGUGGAUCGAAACCAAUUACUUCAGUGACUUCCCAGAUGUCAUCUGUGAGCUUCAGAGCCUCAAAACCCUCCACGUGGGCUACAACCAGCUGAGGUGCCUACCCAAGGGACUGAAUCGCCUGGAGGACCUGAGCAGCGUCUGGCUCUCUGGGAAUCUGUUUUCCGAGUUCCCAGAGGUCCUGCUCGAGAUGCACUUCCUGGACGUGAUCAGGCGUUUCCCCAGCCUGGCACAUCUCAAGGGCUUGAAGCUGGUGAUCUACGACCACAACCCCUGCGUGAACGCCCCCGCCGUGGCCGAGGGGGUGAGGAGGUGGGCGACGAAUACCGAAGAAAUCAAAGAAGAAAACAACAAGCAGAGGGCUGGAGAGCCGCUUACAGAAACCAAGGAGCCCCAGAUUGAAUCGCAGAUUAAACCAGAUCAAGACGCCACCUUCUAGGAAGAUUAUAAUGGCAGGAACGGAUUUGUCUAAUUAUUGAAGAACAGAGCUCAGCUGCUGUAUAGUGAAAGCCUUUAAUAGCAUGGUACCUCCUGAAACUUAUUUUGUUGUACAGUUAGAAAACUAGUACAGCAACAUUAAAGUAAUUUAAGAUUUUGUGGAAUCAGGAUACAAGCACACUAUAAUGCACCUCAUGUUAGCUUAUUACAUUGUUUUUACUACUGCACAUAUAAUUAUGGAAAUUGUAUUCGGUAUGCAGAAAGUAGGGGAUAGAACACAUGCUUUGUAUUGAAAAAAAAAGCAUACAUGUAUACUUGCCUCUGGCUAAAUAUUUACAUGUUGUUUUCGUCAAUAUUUUGUAUACAGUACUGUAUGCACUAGAGGUUGCUCAAAUCGUCAAUACAUACUGUAUUUGACCAUAUGUGCACAUUAGUAUGUUCAUUUCAAUCUUUCUUCAUACAUGACUGAACAUCAAUAAUGGGUUUAUUAAGGUUUGUUGAUGGGGAAAGAAAACAAAGCCAUGUCAUGACAGAUGAAUGUCAAGACAAAGUUUAAAUGAACAAAGCUCAUGCUUGGGAACAAUUGCCUCAAAAAAUGAAAAACAUGUCAAGGGUGUUUAAGACAGACACCUUGUUUAGUCUACAAUUUCAGUGCUUAGCAGAAUGACAGAACACUCCUUCAGUGCUGAGCUAAAUCAAAUACAACAAUGAACGUAAGCAAACUGUAUUCAACAUUCACAGCGAUACCACACAGAACUUACUAUUUUUUUUAUUAUUACAAUUGUUUAUUUCUGAACUUGAUGUUUCACUCGUUUUGUUAUGAAGGUCCCAGGAAGAUAAAUUCAAACAAUGCUAAGCGCUUAAGUGUGUGCGAGUGUGUGGGGCAUUUAGAUACAACAACAGUGUGAAGCAAUAAAAGCUCUCAAAACCACCAUGAUUCAAACACGGGUCUUCCCAGCCUGAUCAAACUGUGUUUUUUCCUUGUUUAUUUAACCAGUAUGUUUGAAUCCCUUUGUUGCAUAACCUGUCACGCUACAGCAUUCAAUAUGGUGUGUAAAAUGAACAGCGUAGCUGCAGAAGACGGAAAACACAUUU